AUGGCCAGUGACUUCUGCACCAACAGCAUCCACAUUUUAAAAAUGUCAAUAAGUGUUUUGUUGACUGUCGUGUGCCUCAUUACCAUGCCCACUCCCAUGGCCAAGAUCCUAAUGCUGGAGACUCAAUGCUUGAACUUCAAUCGAAGCUAUCUUUAUAAUGUAACGCUGAUUGCGAAAAAUUCGCGGAUCAAUUUGGAUCUCUACCUUCUUAGGGGCUUGGUUCAGGGCGUAACAAUGGACAUCCAGUUCCUCCUAAGCUUGCAAAACUCAAACAAGUUCCAGAGAAUCUUCCAAUACUCUCUGGACAUGUGCAAUCUGCUGGCACGGAGAAGGUACAACAUCUUCAAGGGAUGGUUUGCGACCUUCUUCGAAGCCGGGAACUUCAAAAAGUACUGCCCUGUAGAGCCGAACUACUACUACCUGAAGGACUACAACUAUAACACACUCUUCUUACCAAAGUUUUUGGUCCAAGGCAAGUACCGAGUGAAGUUCAACAUGAACCAGUUGAGGAACAACGAUAGAAUCAAGGACUUCAUAGUGGCAUGUGACUUUGUAGUUGAAAUAAAGUAG